CGAACAAAUGUCGUAAUUUUUUAUUUCUUCUUCGUCUUCUUCAAUUCGAUGCAAUUAUAAUAGUCACACUUCAAUAUCAUCAAUCUAGGGUUUUCAAUUUCUUCAUGUGAUUUUUUUUUCUUCUUCUCAAUUUCAAUUCAAUCUGGGAUUCGGAGAAGAUGAAACGCGAUUUCGACGAAAUCUCCGAGGAAGAGUGGUCUCAACACUCUUUUAACGCUUCGCGAGUUCUUAAACGACCACGGACUCCGAAGAAGACUCGUCCGGUGAAUCCAUCGCCUCCGAUUGAGUCUUUUGCGUUUAGGAGACCUUCGACGGCGAUGACGAUUGAGAGUAAUAAUAGUAGCGAUGGUGAUUGUGUUGAGAUUGAGGAUUUAGGAGAUUCGGAUUCGGAUGUGAAGAUUGUGAAUGGUGAGGAUUUGUUGUUGGAGGAUGAGGAAGAAGUUGAGGAGACCAAGGUUGUGAUGCGAGCUGCGAGAGUUGGUAGGAGAUUUGUGAUUGAAGAUGAAGAAGCGAGUGAUGAUGAUGAGGCUGAGAGUAGUGCUAGUGAGGACGAAUUUGGAAGAGGAGCAGGAGGUGGUGGAGGAAGGAGAGGAGAAGAUGAAGAUGUUGUUGGGAAGGCAUUGCAAAAGUGUGCUAAAAUCUCAGCUGAUCUUCGAAAGGAGCUUUAUGGUACAUCUUCUGGGGUUACUACUUGUGACAGAUACUCUGAAGUUGAAACUUCUACUGUGAGGAUUGUCACACAGAAUGAUAUAGAUGAUGCCUGUAAAGGAGAGGAUUCUGAUUUUCAGCCUAUACUCAAGCCGUACCAGUUAGUUGGUGUUAACUUUCUUCUUCUGUUGUAUAAGAAAGGAAUUGAAGGAGCCAUUCUAGCCGAUGAGAUGGGUCUUGGAAAGACCAUUCAGGCAAUCACAUAUUUAACCCUCCUAAAUCGCUUAAACAAUGACCCUGGUCCUCAUUUGGUUGUAUGCCCUGCCUCUGUCUUGGAAAACUGGGAGAGAGAGCUCAGAAAAUGGUGUCCAUCGUUUACUGUACUUCAAUACCACGGGGCUGCAAGAGCAGCCUACUCAAGAGAAUUGAAUUCUUUGUCCAAAGCUGGGAAGCCACCGCCAUUCAAUGUGCUUCUUGUGUGUUACUCUCUGUUUGAACGGCAUAGUGAACAACAGAAAGAUGACCGAAAAGUACUAAAACGAUGGCGCUGGAGCUGUGUUUUGAUGGAUGAAGCCCAUGCUUUAAAAGAUAAGAACAGUUACAGGUGGAAAAAUUUGAUGUCUGUGGCCAGAAACGCAAACCAGCGUCUUAUGCUUACAGGAACACCUCUACAAAAUGAUUUACAUGAAUUAUGGUCGCUGUUGGAGUUCAUGUUGCCUGAUAUAUUUACUACAGAGAAUGUUGACUUGAAGAAGUUGUUGAAUGCAGAAGAUACUGAGUUGAUUACUCGAAUGAAAUCUAUUUUAGGUCCUUUCAUCUUGAGGCGUUUAAAAUCUGAUGUCAUGCAGCAACUUGUUCCGAAGAUACAGCGGGUUGAAUAUGUAUUAAUGGAGAAAAAGCAGGAAGAUGCAUAUAAAGAAGCCAUAGAGGAGUAUCGUGCUGCUUCUCAAGCACGGCUUGUGAAGCUUUCAUCAAAAUCCUUGAAUUCUUUAGCCAAGGCACUUCCAAAGCGUCAAAUUUCAAACUAUUUUACUCAAUUUCGGAAGAUCGCAAAUCAUCCAUUGUUAAUUAGGCGGAUAUACAGCGAUGAGGAUGUCAUUCGCAUCGCCAGGAAAUUGCACCCAAUUGGUGCAUUUGGAUUUGAAUGUUCCUUGGAGAGAGUUAUAGAGGAAGUUAAGGGUUACAACGAUUUCCGUAUCCACCAGCUUUUGUUCCAAUUUGGAGUUAAUGAUACCAAAGGAACUCUCUCUGACAAACAUGUCAUGCUCUCAGCAAAAUGUCGGACAUUAGCUGAGCUUCUCCCGUCAAUGAAGAAAUCCGGCCAUCGUGUUCUAAUAUUUAGUCAAUGGACAUCGAUGCUCGAUAUCUUAGAAUGGACACUCGAUGUAAUUGGUGUUACAUACCGAAGACUUGACGGCAGUACUCAAGUCACAGAUAGACAAACCAUAGUCGACACAUUCAACAACGAUAAGUCGAUAUUCGCAUGUCUCUUGUCAACUCGAGCAGGUGGACAAGGUCUGAAUUUAACCGGAGCAGAUACAGUCAUUAUUCACGAUAUGGAUUUUAAUCCACAGAUCGAUCGGCAAGCUGAAGAUCGAUGCCAUCGUAUUGGUCAAACAAAACCAGUCACUAUCUUCAGACUGGUGACGAAAUCGACGGUUGAUGAGAACAUCUACGAGAUAGCAAAGCGGAAACUUGUUCUUGAUGCGGCGGUUCUAGAGUCUGGAGUUCACGUAGAUGACAACGGAGACACGCCCGAGAAAACCAUGGGAGAGAUUCUUGCUUCUCUUCUCAUGGGAUAACAUUAUUGUUACCUUUUUUGUUUUGAGGUAAAAGUAGUCAAGAAACGAAGUUAAAUGUGUUAUUCGAAACAUGUGUAACACUAGCUAUUAGACUUAAAUUUAAUAGAUCACGAUAGUUAUA